AUGGGGGACUGUCUGACCCCUGAGGGGAAGGCACAGCUCAUUACACGCAACUUGCAGGAAGUCCUAGGAGAAGACAAACUAAAGGAGAUCCUGAAGGAGAGAGAUCUGCGGGUGUAUUGGGGCACAGCUACCACUGGAAAACCACAUGUAGCUUAUUUUGUGCCUAUGUCAAAAAUUGCUGACUUUUUAAAGGCUGGCUGUGAGGUCACAAUUCUAUUUGCUGACCUCCAUGCAUAUCUCGAUAACAUGAAGGCUCCAUGGGACCUCCUGGAACUGCGGACUCGUUAUUAUGAGCAAGUUAUCAAAGCCAUGCUACAGAGUAUUGGAGUACCAUUGGAAAGGCUACGCUUUGUCAGAGGAACAGAGUUCCAGCUCAGCAAAGAAUACACACUGGAUGUGUACAAACUCUCCUCCGUAGUCACUCAGCAUGACGCUAAAAAAGCUGGAGCAGAAGUUGUAAAACAAGUGGAACAUCCACUGCUUAGCGGGCUUCUAUAUCCUGGAUUGCAGGCCUUGGAUGAAGAGUAUUUAAAAGUUGAUGCACAGUUUGGGGGAGUAGAUCAAAGGAAGAUUUUUACAUUUGCUGAAAAGUACCUGCCUGCUCUUGGUUACACCAAGCGUAUUCAUCUGAUGAAUCCUAUGGUUCCAGGACUCACAGGCAGCAAGAUGAGUUCUUCUGAGGAGGAAUCAAAAAUAGACCUUCUGGACUCCCCAUCAGAUUUGAAAAAGAAGUUAAAAAAAGCUUUCUGUGAACCAGGAAAUAUAGAGAAUAAUGGAGUAUUAAGCUUUGUCAGACAUGUCCUCUUUCCUCUGAAGUCAGAGUUUGUCAUUCUUCGGGAUGAAAAGUACGGUGGGAACAAAACCUACACAGACUAUGAGACAUUGGAAAAAGACUUUGCUGAGCAGCAAGUUCAUCCUGGAGAUCUUAAGGCAUCUGUGGAGAAGGCUUUGAAUAAAUUGUUGGAUCCCAUUAGAGACAAAUUCAACAGCCCUGAAAUGAAGAAACUAAGCAGUAGUGCCUAUCCUGACCCCACAAAACAAAAGUCUGUGACUAAAACCACCAACAAGAGUAAUGAGCCAGAGGAUCUUAUUCCAUCUCUUCUUGAUCUGCGAGUUGGUAAAAUCGUCAGUGUAAGCAAGCAUCCAGAUGCAGACACGUUGUAUGUCGAGUCAAUAGAUGUGGGUGAGGAAAAUCCACGUACUGUGGUUAGUGGAUUGGUGAAUUAUGUGUCUUCUGAAGAAAUGCAGGGACGUUCUGUUAUUCUGCUAUGCAACUUAAAGCCUCAGAAGAUGCGGGGAAUAGAAUCUCAAGGCAUGCUGCUUUGUGCAUCAGUUGAUGGGGACAAUAGACGGGUAGAACCUCUGGAUCCACCUGCAGAAUGUGCACCUGGUGAGCGAGUCUAUGUUGAGGGAUAUGAAAAUGGAAAGCCAGAAGCAGAGCUUAAGCCGAAGAAGAAAGUGUUUGAAAAUUUACAGGCCGACUUUAGGAUAUCUGAGGAUUUGCAUGCUCAGUGGAAAGAAAAGAAUUUCCUUACUAAACAAGGACCAGUGACCUGUAAAACACUACGAGGGGGCAGCAUUAGCUGA